CGGCCAUGGCGGCGACCGACGGCAUCGCCUCACGCCUGGCCCGGCAGGAGCGGGAGAUCCGCUGCCUGGCGGCCGAGAUCGGGCGGCUGAAGGAGCCCGAGCGCUGGCCCGGCGGGCUGGGACUGCUGGGCGAGGCCAGCCCGGCGCUGCAGGCCCUGCGGGCCGAGAACGAGAAGCUCCGCUACCGCCUCCUCCACCUCCGCCGCAGCCUCCAGGCCGAGCUCGGCCGGCCCGGGCAGCCGCCGGAGGAGAAGGGAGGAGAAGGAGGAGAGGAGCCUUCCAGUGCAAACAGCAUUGUUGUCCAAGCUAAACAUAAAAAGGAGAAGAAGAAAGAAAACCAAGUUGCAAAUGGAUUUAGGAGUGAGGAGCCAAGCUACAUCGGAGACAGACUGAAGUUGUACGAAGUGCUGAAAAAAGAACACGAUGCCCACCUUGUUUCCAGGGCAGCUAAUCAGGGCAGAACUAUCGAAAUCACUCUUGCAGACGGGAAGAAGGUGGAAGGGGAGUCCUGGCGAACGACACCUCAUCAGAUAGCACAAGCACUCAGCCGAGGACUGGCUGAUAAUGCAGUCAUUGCCAAAGUGAAUGGUGAACUGUGGGAUUUAGAUCGUCCGCUGGAGGGAGACGCAACUUUGGAGCUACUCACGUUUGACAGCGAAGAAGCUCAAGCUGUUUAUUGGCAUUCUAGCGCUCAUAUUCUUGGAGAAGCCAUGGAAAAUUUUUACGGAGGAUGCUUGUGCUAUGGACCUCCCAUUGAGAAUGGGUUUUAUUAUGACAUGUACAUGGAAAACAGAGGAGUAUCAAGUACUGAGUUCCCAACACUGGAGAACCUCUGUAAAAACAUCAUAAAGGAGAAGCAGCCUUUUGAAAGACUAGAAAUCCGCAAAGAAGUCCUGCUAGACAUGUUUAAGUAUAACCAGUUUAAAUGUCGGAUCUUGAAUGAGAAAGUUGACACGCCAACGACAACAGUGUACAGGUGUGGACCGUUGAUCGAUUUGUGCAGAGGCCCCCAUGUGAGGCACACUGGCAAAAUUAAGUCCUUGAAGAUCAUAAAGAAUUCUUCCACGUAUUGGGAGGGAAAGGCCAGCAUGGAAACGCUGCAGAGAAUCUAUGGCAUAUCGUUCCCAGACAACAAAAUGAUGAAAGAGUGGGAGAAGUUCCAGGAGGAAGCCAAGAACAGAGACCACAGGAAAAUUGGCAAGGAACAAGAACUCUUCUUCUUUCAUGAUCUGAGCCCUGGAAGCUGCUUCUUCCUUCCCAGAGGUGCCUUUAUUUACAACCGACUCGUGGAUUUCAUUAAAGAGGAAUAUCACCGGCGUGACUUCACCGAAGUGCUUUCUCCUAAUAUCUACAAUAGUAAACUUUGGGAAAUAUCCGGCCACUGGCAACACUACAGUGAAAACAUGUUCUCGUUUGAGUCGGAGAAGGAAACGUUUGCUCUCAAGCCCAUGAACUGCCCCGGACAUUGCUUGAUGUUUGCUCACCGCCCCCGCUCCUGGAGGGAAAUGCCUUUGAGGUUUGCAGAUUUUGGAGUUCUCCACCGAAAUGAGCUUUCGGGGACCUUGAGUGGUUUGACUCGCGUUAGGCGCUUCCAACAAGACGAUGCCCAUAUCUUUUGCACCAUGGAGCAGAUCGAAGAAGAAAUUAAAGGUUGCUUGAACUUCCUGCAGUCAGUUUACGCUGUCUUUGGUUUUACCUUUCAACUACAUCUUUCUACAAGACCUGAAAAUUUUCUUGGAGAAAAGGAAAUCUGGGACCAGGCAGAGAAGCAACUCCAAAACAGCCUGGAUGACUUUGGGGAGCCGUGGAAGCUCAAUCCAGGAGAUGGAGCGUUUUACGGUCCCAAGAUCGAUAUUACAAUCAGAGAUGCUAUAGGUCGAUACCAUCAGUGUGCAACUAUACAACUCGACUUCCAGCUACCCAUCAGAUUCAAUCUUUCCUAUGUUGGUAAAGAUAGUGAUGACAAGAAACGGCCGGUGAUCGUCCAUAGAGCUAUAUUGGGUUCCGUGGAGCGGAUGAUAGCUAUUUUAGCGGAAAAUUAUGGUGGGAAGUGGCCUUUCUGGCUGUCUCCUCGGCAGGCCAUGGUAGUUCCUGUUGGACCGACUUGUGAAGAAUAUGCUCAGCAGGUCUGCAAUGACUUUUUUGAUGCUGGCUUCAUGGCUGAUGUCGAUCUAGAUCAGAGCUGUACUUUAAACAAGAAAAUAAGAAAUGCCCAACUGGCUCAAUACAAUUUUAUUUUUGUGGUUGGAGAAAAGGAAAAAGCAAACCAUGCCGUGAAUGUCCGGACAAGAGACAACAAAGUUCAUGGAGAAGUUUCAGUCCCUUCUGCCAUUGAAAAACUAAUGAAGUUAAAAGCAUCACAGACCCUUCGUGCAGAAGAAGAAUUCUAAUCCUGGCCAAAUUGGGAAAACACUGGAAUGGAAUAAUUGGCCGAGUGCUGAGCCUGCUUCCUUGGAAGUAAGCCCCACAUAAUUCAGUGAGACUUACUUCCCUGUAAGUAUGCUCUGGUUGAGACUAUUGUCAAAUGCUGUAGUACCUCUAGCGAGCUCUUAGAAUGUUCAGAAAACCAAAUCUGUAACUGAUGCUGCCGAAAUAUUGUAAAUCCCUGGGAAAGGUGUUGGAUAUUCGUUAACCCCCACCACUUGCAUCUGUCAAGUUGUGAACUAGGUAUCUGUCAAUAAAUUAAAAAACUGCAAAGCUCCACAGGAAAUUGCUUCAUGGCAGUACAAAACUAAGCAUCUCUUUUUAGGCGACAGAAAGCCCUCCACACCGCUGACAGCUGACAGUUUCAAAAUUAUCCUCAAAAUGUGACAUUUUGCUCCAUGUAUACAAAGCGCUUGGAGCCUAGGCCAUAUUGUGGGAAAUCUCGCUUGAUCACAGUGGAGACCCCCCACCUCCAGUUCAUACGUAUUAUCGCUAGACUUUUACAUGAUUGGGGUCUGGGGCAGAAUUCAUGUGGAUUCAUACACGUGCCUACCUCUUCAUGUCUAAAAUGGGGGAAGCCAUUACUGUUCCCUUGUACUUCAUUGGCUUUAGCACAUCUGCCUGCCUGCCUGCCAAUAUAAGAGCUGGGGCAGGAGAAAAAUGAACAGAAUACAGUAAAGAGGAGGUGGGGAGGCAGAUUUGGCUCCCCUUGCUUGCAUUUUCCAUAUGUGUUAAGAAAAAUAAACACAUCCCACUUCAGACGCAAACAGGAUCGUCUGCAACUUGAUCUAGUCCAGCCUUUCCUAUUUAUGUGUCUUGGUAGGAACACACACUGAAGUUUUAAUAAGGUUUACAGUGAAUGGAAAAAAUACAAAUUCCGCACCCUCAUUUCGGGGUUAUUCUCCAGGAAGUCUGUUGUGUCACUGCAAAGAACAGGAGCCCUAUGAGCGGUUCUGCUUUUUUUGCUCACUUUAGUGGGGCUUGUAUGUAGGUGGACAUGCUGGGAGGGUUGACCCUGUAACACUUGUUUUUAAAAAGCCAUCUGAUAAUUUAUUCCCUUGCUUGGUCCCCACUCUGGAACACUGUUAACUGGAUCUUCAAUCAAAACACACACACACACUCCAACUCUGAAGCCUAUAUAUCUAAUUGCAGUGUAAUAAUACUUGUAUUUGCUCUUUGGGGUUGAAUAAAACUGCAUUUACAGAGUCCGAUAGCGACACUGUUUAAAGUUCACUUUAGUUAAAAUGAAUGGAUGGCAUUCAUGGUUUUAGUUUACUUUUUAUGGGGUUGGACUAGAUGGUCUGUAUGGCCCCUUCCAACUCUAUGAUUCUAUGACUACUUGAGACUGCUUUCCACUUCAUGAGAUCUCCAAGGCAAUUAGUAUUUGGGAACCACUCACAAUAAUGUUAAUAUAAGUUACACAACCAAUUAUGCAUUGACAAUUAGCCACAACAAUAACAGCAACAGAAAUAAUGUUCACAUGUCAGACCCUUUCUGUGCUCUUGCAUAUAGUAUCAAGACCAUAUCAUCUGCAUAAAGUAAGAUUGAUAUGCUCUCAGACAAGGAUUCUUUCAUUAAGACUGGCACUUUUUGCUUUAGCUGCCAGGAAGAUUAGAGCGAAGGAAUUAGCCACUGACUCGACGUGAUUGAUUUUAGAAGGUUUUAUUAUUUUUAAAGUCUUUUAGUAGGGCAUUUUAUGUGGUUCUGAAGU